CGACGACGUCGUCCGUGAAAAAAGCACAGCAGGUAGUAACGACGGCGACGGACGCGCCGUAGUCGCGGUUGGGAGUGACGACGUCGGUGGUGAGAUUGGUGUCGCGUUUGUUGGUGUUGAGCGUGUCAGUGUUGGUGUGCCGCGUGGGUGUAUUUCUUCAGGGAGGCCAAAGUCGUCGUCCUUGGUGAUCGGACGACGACUGUCAUCACUGUUAAUAGCAGCUUCUGGUGUCACCGGUCGCAGCACAAAAUUAAAGUCGCGUCUUCAGUAUGCCACGCUGUCUGAUGGCGAAAAAGUGGAAAUGGAAUCAGUGGCAGGCUCGCGUGGACGAUCAACAGAACGAGCAGAAGGACGUGACGCCACCCGGGGCCGCCCUUCAGGAGCAACAGCAGGCGCAACAUCAUGCGCUGCAUCAGACCGCGGAUGCCAUGGAGAAACGGCCGCACAGGCAUGAGCCGGAAGACGAGGAGAUUGAUGUAGUCGGAGACGUCGAUAAUCAUCAGGUUGACCAUCAGCAGACCUGUUGGGGUCCCCACAGUCCAACGGCGGGGGCCACAGCUCCCAGCCCGCCACCCCUUAAUGCUUCCGGCGCUCUUUACUAUCAUGGCUAUACGCACGAGGCGUGGAUCAAUCACGAAGAACCGCCUAAGUACGCGACGUUACGCUCUGCAGCGGAGCUGGCGCGUCCGGUAGAGCCGUCUCCGCCACCUCCGCUCGUACAACAGGAAGUAUCGGUUUCGGUGCUGAACGGAUCAGGUCUGCAACAAGCGUCAUCGCAUCAGGCGACGGUCACAGCUGACACAAGCCCGUCAUCGUCAACAUCGUCGUCAUCGUCGCCGCCGCCGUCGUCGUCGUCCGUCGCUCCGUCGCUAUGUCUACCGCCGCGCAAGAGCCUCUCGAUGUCCUUCACCAGCACCGGCACGGCGUUGUCGUUACCGCCGAAAAAGAAGGACAUCUACCGUCCUUACAGUCUCCAAUCGAUCUCGGAGAUCCGCACGUCCGCCGAAGAAGAUCUGUCGGCCGCGCAGGCCAUCUUGGAUCUCAGUGCGUCUCCCGCCGCGCCUACGCAUUCCGUUUUUAUUCACACCCUCUCGCCGCCACCCCCACCGCCGCCGCCGCCGCCGCCACCUCCACCGCCCGCUGCCACAGCGCCGGACGCACCUGAACCUACGCAGCAACAACAACAACAACAACAACAACAGCAGCAACUUCAACCGACGGCGCCGACGGCGGGAACGCAGUCGAUACCUGUCUCCGUGCUUGUGCCGGUGCCCAGCUCGCAGACCAAUCAACUACGCCAGCAGGAGCAAACGCCGCCGCAACCACAGUCGCCGGCAACAGCAGAGGCCACCGGCGGAAACUGCAACGUCGGCAGGGACAGCACCAGCACUGGCAACAAGACUGUCGCCUAUACCUACGAGGCCUUCUUCGUGUCUGACGGUCGAUCGAAACGGCGCUGCGGCGCUAACGGUGCCGCUGUGCCCGACAAGGAGGCGGCCCAGCCGGACAGGCCCAAGUUUACGUGCACGGAGUGCGGCAAGCAAUAUGCCACGUCGUCGAAUCUGUCGCGGCACAAGCAGACGCAUCGCAGCCUGGACUCGCAAUCGGCCAAGAAGUGCAUCCACUGCGGCAAGGCGUACGUCAGCAUGCCCGCCCUGGCGAUGCACGUGCUCACGCACAAGCUCGCCCACAGCUGCGGCGUCUGCGGCAAAAUGUUCUCGCGGCCGUGGCUGCUUCAGGGUCACUUGCGUAGCCACACCGGCGAGAAACCCUACGGAUGCGCCCACUGCGGCAAAGCGUUCGCCGAUCGUUCGAAUCUACGAGCGCACAUGCAGACGCACUCGGCCGACAAGAACUACGAGUGCUCGAGGUGCCACAAAACCUUUGCCCUCAAGUCCUAUCUGAACAAACAUCUGGAAUCGGCGUGUCUACGUGACGAGGAGAUGCAGCAGCAGCAACAACAACAACAACAACAACAGCCGCAACAUGCCGCUAACAAUACCGCGCAACAGCAACAGAACACCAAUCGAGGCUUGUAGCAGCGCUUCGAGAAAAAGAACCACGACGUCAAGAAUAUUGAAGAAUCGAGAGAGAGCUAGCGGUGCCCCGUGAUCGCCGCUCGAUCGCGAAGAGGCGCGAGGGUACGAAGAGCGAAGGAGAGGAUAUAAGGUUUGCCGUAGAUUUUAAGUAGAAAAGUGCCAGUAGAGACAGAAACGAGAGCUAGAGAGGAAGAGAGUGAGAGAGAGAGAGAGAGAGAGAGAAAGAGAGA